AUGGGCUACAGUGAGAGACUGAGCGAGACUCUCGCUCCUCACGAACUUCGCGACAAUAGUAGUCCAGCUAAAUUACCCAAUCUACUCAACCUUGCCAUUCUCAAGACGAUGGCGCCCAAGAGCCUACUCCGCUACAUCUUCCGCCACGGCCCAAACAGCAAAUCGCGCGAUGCCGUACCACCUCCCCAAGUCGCGCCUGUUGCACCGUACAGUACUACAACCGCCGUGACAUCGAAAGAAACUGUCCGGUAUGACCAGAACGUGCGAACCACCGAGAUCCCAGACUCGCCGCUGGCCUACAAGCACCAGCAACACCCCUCUGACCGCCCCAACAGCCGCGCCUCCUCCGUCCUCGAAGAUAUCGCCGAAGAAACCAACACCUCCCCAUCGCCCAGCCUGCACUCCACCGUCUCUAUUGCCUCGACCCUCCGCUCCAUCGACGUGCAGACGUUCAGUACGCGCGAGCUGAUCCUCGCGACGCUGAACGAAGCCAAGAGCGCGAAUAUGGGUCACUUGGAUACGAUUGAUACGUCGCUUGCGCUGCUGGGAGCGUUGGAGGGAUUUAGUGCGACGGUGGGCGUCUUGAGGGACGAGAUGCUGGACAAGAAGGAGAUUUAUGAGGAGAAGAUGGGGUUGUUGGAGCAUUUGGAGAGGGCGGUGGAAGUGUAUGCGGUUUGGGGAGGAGGAUGGGCAGAAGAGAUGAGGGGAGGUACGAAGUCGCGGCAUGGGGAGACUCAUGACAUGAAGGAUGUAAAGAAUAUGACUCAGUGUACAUAA